GGGCGUGGCUGUCUGCGCGCCUGCGCGCCGCAGGCCGACGGCGUCUAUCCUGCCCCGGCCGAUCUGGGGUUAGGUCGCGGUGGGAGCCGCGCCUCAGGCUCCGCCGCCAGCCGGGGCUCGGGCUGGGGCCCGGGCCCCCGGGGAUGGCCCUCCGGCCCUCAAAGGGCGACGGCUCUGCCGGCCGCUGGGACCGCGGCGCAGGGAAGGCAGACUUUAAUGCCAAAAGGAAAAAGAAGGUGGCGGAGAUACACCAGGCUCUGAACAGUGAUCCCAUCGAUGUGGCUGCUCUCCGAAGAAUGGCUAUCAGUGAGGGAGGGCUCCUGACUGAUGAGAUCAGGUGCCAAGUCUGGCCUAAGCUCCUCAAUGUCAACCCCAGUGAGCCACCGCCUGUGUCAAGGAAGGAUCUUCGAGACAUGAGCAAGGACUACCAGCAAGUGCUGCUGGACGUCAGGCGGUCUCUUCGGCGCUUCCCUCCUGGCAUGCCAGAUGAGCAGAGAGAAGGGCUCCAGGAAGAGCUGAUCGACAUCAUCCUCCUUGUCUUGGAUCGCAACCCUCAGCUCCACUACUAUCAGGGCUACCAUGACAUCGUGGUCACUUUUCUGCUGGUGGUGGGCGAGAGGCUGGCAACAUCCCUGGUAGAAAAAUUGUCUACCCACCACCUCAGAGAUUUCAUGGAUCCCACAAUGGACAACACCAAGCACAUCCUAAAUUAUCUGAUGCCCAUCAUUGACCAAGUGAACCCAGAACUCCAUGACUUCAUGCAGAGUGCUGAGGUGGGGACCAUCUUUGCCCUCAGCUGGCUUAUCACCUGGUUUGGACAUGUCUUGUUGGACUUCAGGCACGUUGUGAGGUUAUACGACUUCUUCCUGGCCUGCCACCCACUCAUGCCCAUUUACUUUGCAGCUGUGAUCGUGCUGUACCGGGAGCAGGAAGUCCUGGACUGUGACUGUGACAUGGCCUCUGUCCACCACCUGUUGUCCCAGAUCCCUCAGGACCUGCCCUAUGAGACGCUCAUCAGCAGAGCAGGAGACCUCUUUGUUCAGUUUCCCCCUUCUGAACUUGCAAGGGAGGCGGCUGCUCAGCAAGAGGCUGAGAGAACGGCAGCCUCUACUUUCAAAGAUUUUGAGCUGGCAUCGACUCAGCAGAGGCCAGACAUGGUGCUGCGGCAGCGGUUUCGGGGACUUCUGAGGCCUGAGGCUCGAACAAAAGACGUCCUGACCAAACCAAGGACCAACCGCUUUGUGAAACUGGCAGUGAUGGGUCUAACGGUGGCCCUUGGAGCAGCAGCACUGGCAGUGGUGAAGAGUGCCCUGGAGUGGGCCCCCAAGUUCCAGCUGCAGCUGUUCCCCUAAAGUCAUCCAGCAGCCACUUCCUCACCCAGGGCACCAAGCUCUCCCCAUUUCCAGAAAGAGGGUGAAGUUGCUGUGAUUAAAGGGUUUCUGUCAGGGGGUGUUCUGUCUGCCACCCUUGGCAGCUUGUCUUUUGGCUUUGGUGGCUAGUGACACCGACCGGGCUUACCGGGCCUGAGUGCUCUCUGCACCUUUCCUCCUGUUGGAAGUGUCUUGGGAGCACCUGGCUACCCAACUCACUGCCUAGAAAGUUGGGCCCAGAGAUGCCCUCCUUACAGCACCACGUGUCUUUGAGUAUCUUUAGACAAAGCAGGCAGGAUGGAAUGAAAUCGAGAGGAGAGAACUCUAGCCUGGGAGUCAGCUGGACCCUCUUAAAAGCGGCCCUAUUAGCUGGUCAGAAUCAGAGAUAGACUUGAGCUGGGUUCUAAUUGAAUUUUUAUGAUCCCAGCCUAGAGCUCACAUGCAGAGGAAUGUUAAUCACCAGGAUAGUGUUGCCUGUGUCUCCCUGUUCUUUCUCUCUACAAGCCACACGACAAACCUACAAAGACUUUUUAAUCCUGUUUUUAUGAUUGUGUACUACACCUCACAUAGCAAGUACUCUUCACUUUAAAACAAACUACUCGUGUGUGUACAUCUGUGUGUGUACAGGUGCCCACAGAUGGAGGCCACAGGUGGGCUUCGGGGUUCCUGGAGCCUGAUGUGGGUGCUGGGAUCUGACUGCCAGGCCUCUGGUGAAGCAGCAGCCAUGCUCUUAACUGCUGAGCCCUCUCUCCAGCCUCUUUCAUAGUUCCUUCGUGAGAGAAGCUAUCAGAGCAUUGAGCUUCUACUGGGCUAACGUUUAUUCUUUCCUUUUUUGGAGGGGAAUGGAACCCAGGGCCUUUCACAUGCAGAGCAAAGCAAAGCAAGUGUUCUACCACUGAGCAGACCCAGCUGGGUUUUUCUUUUUCUUUUUUUUUUUUUUUUAAUUUUUGAGACAGGGUCUAUGUAAAUUAUCCAGGCUGGCCUUGAACAGGAUUGCACCUGAGAUUUUCUCCCUGCUCAGUUUAGCCAAAGUUGUUUGUGAAUACCCCCAUACUCUACAGUGCCACUUGCUGUCUCUCUUUUUCUUAUUUUCCUCUAAUUACCCACCUUGGCCUGUCUUUGUGUUGAUCUCAGCUGCUGGUCUCAGGCUGGGAAUGGCCUUGGAAACUUGCCAGCACGUAGAAGGGUUUGGCAGGAACCCCACACCACCAGCCUCACUAUACCUGGGCUCCUCCAGGAGAGGUGUACAGGAUCCAUGGGAUCACUCGGUCUUCCUAGGAUGGCUUUGUUAACAGUGAAGCCAGAUGUGUUUUAUAGUAACUGGCUUGAAAACAAAAGUGCCUUUUGCUGCUUUAGGGUGUGUAGUGGGGAGCUAGUUUCCUAAUCUUUCCUGGGCACUCUUCUCCAGUCCUGCCAUGUUCACACCCCACAUGUGUCUCCUGCUCAUCCCCUUGUCCCCUGUGCCCGUUGUAUGCAGUGGGACACUCUGCAUGCUGGGCAGCCACGAAGCCAGAGCAUAUAGGUGUCCAGGCUGAGUUACACAAAGCACUUUAAGUCAAGCUGGAGUGGUUAAGUCCUUCUCCACACAGGAGUCCUGCCUGGGGUGAGUAAUUUACUGGGAUUCAUUCAGGACAAAGGAUGAUUCCAGAAUCCAGAGUGAUAAGGUGACAAAUACUAUCAGUCUACCAUGGGAGCUUGUCAUCUAUGCCUCUAGCCUGCUUGAAGACUAACUAGGAAGCUUGCUGGCUGAGGGAGGGGCAUGGGCUCAGGGUCCAAGCCACUAUUCUUCAUCCAAACAAGCAGGUGGCACUGGCUUGUGCUGACCUGAAGAGUGGUCUGUGCCCAUAACAGGACUCCCCUAACACUGAGAAGAAAGCAUUGUCAAUUUACCUUCAGGUAUUUACUUACUCUGUAAAAACUGUGUGUAGAUGUUUUGUACAGAGCCCUGUAUGAAAUAAACGCCCUUAUGUGAUUCCUAA